AUGAAAUUCUUCUACCAAGUCAUCACGACCCCAACGGCCGAUACCCCCGGCACGGCCGUUUGCCUCAACUUCCCGGACAAGCGAUACUUCUUUGGUCAGCUAUCGGAAGGCACACAGCGCGCAUGCACAGAGCGCGGCGUUAAGCUUUCUCUCCUCACCGAUGUGUUUGUCACUGGACGGACGGAAUGGACCAACACAGGCGGGCUGAUUGGGAUUGUUUUGACCCUUGCCGAUACUGUGACAACCUCAAUAGCGGCUGUGGAGGAGGAACACCGGAAGAAGGCUGCCCGCCGGGCGCAAAGGGAGGUUGAAGAAAACAUAAAACCUAAGCCCCGUUCACAGCCGCACCAACACGGCAAGCCCAUUGUGGAGCGGGAAGGCGAGACAGUCUUGCAGAGAGGUACCCUGACGAUCCAUGGUGCUGUGAAUCUUACACAUACACUAGCUACAUCUCGGCGGUUUGUUUUCCGGAAGGGAAUGCCGGUGUAUCUGAAAGAAUAUGACUCGAAGACCCUCGCCAAGCAAAAGUCUAUCGGCGCCGAGGAUCCCUUUGAGAAGCCCUCAUGGUCCGACUCAAACAUCAAGGUUUGGGCCCUGCCUAUCAACCCUAGUUCAUCGGCUCGUUCUCCAGUUACGCAGCUGCGGUCACAGAGUCCACGAAAGCGGAGUUUGGAGGAGUUCCAGGAAUCAGAGCAGACCGAAGAUCAUAUGGAUCAGCGCACCAGAGACCUGAUGGUGACGCAGUCCGUUGUGCAGGAUAUGUUCAACUCAACAUGGAAGAUGGACACUCUCCAUGAAACCCCGCUAGCCGAGGUCAAGAUGCCGGCCGCCAUAUUCAUUCGCAAUCCUGAAACCAAGGACCUUGAGCAAUACAAAGGCCCGGUGCCCGGUGGCCCGGACGCGCUUCCAGACAUCAAUGUUCUUGUUCGAAAGCCCUGGCCCGGCGCGACUGUCGACAGUCUCCCAACCACUUCUCCCUCAAAGGAGGCGGUCUGCUAUAUUGUGCGGAAUCACGAUAUUCGCGGAAAGUUCGACCCGAAGAAGGCCCAAGAAUUAAAUGUCGAGAAGGGCGUUAAAUACGCAGCUUUGACGAAGGGCGAGAGCGUCCAAUCUCUUGAUGGCAAGACUAUCACCCCAGAAAUGGUCUUGGGACAGACGCGAGCGGGAAAAGGCGUUGCCAUAAUGGAAGUGCCAUCAGCCGAGUACGUCGAGGACCUGGUCAGCCGGGCCGAAUGGAAGUCCCCGGCUGUGACGACCGAGUUGCAAGCCUUCAUCUGGAUUCUUGGACCAGGUGUGGCUGAACAUCCUAAAUUCCAGGAGUUCGUUGCCAGCAUGUCCCACUGCAAGCACACUGUGUCGAGCACAGAUCACUGCCCGAACUAUCUGGCGAUGACCAGCUCCGCUAGCUCCACUGUUCGACUCGCCCGACUGAAGCCUGAUAGCUAUGCAGUUCCUGUCCACGACAAUGUGUCGCUUCCCCAACCCGGUGCUCCCAAUGCUAAUUCAAAAUCUGCAAUGGCUGCUCGCCAGAAUUCUCCACUCGAGCCUCUUGAACCAGGCCUCAUCAUCAACAUGGAGCCCAAUUUCGGGUUCAACAGCGACGAAGUGAUGGCCCGCUUCAACCCAGCGAAAGCAUUGCAUAACAUCCCGCGUUCUGUCGAGCAACGGAUGGAAGUCAUUCGCAAACGUGUCGCUAAGCCUGCUUUCCAGAAAAAGUUGCACGUGCAACGGACAGAAUGGCCUGGAGCGGAUGCAGAAAUCAUCGCGUUGGGUACUGGUUCCUCUGUUCCAUCCAAAUAUCGAAACGUCUCUGCCACACUGGUGAAGGUGCCUGGAUAUGGCUACUAUUUGCUUGAUUGUGGCGAGAAUACUCUUGGUCAACUGAAGCGAGUUUUUGAGCCUGAAGAACUUCGUGAAGUGCUUCGGAACCUGCGCAUGAUCUGGAUCAGCCAUUUGCACGCUGAUCACCACCUUGGCACGGUUUCUGUGAUCAAGGCCUGGCAUACAGAGAACUUCGAUGGAUUUGGCUCAGCUGCCAAAGGUGAAAACGAUAUUGUCAAGGUCCUCCUGGAGAAGCGGCUGGCUGUUGUAUCUGAUGAUGCAAUGAUUUCCUGGUUGGAAGAAUAUUCACAGGUCGAGGACUUCGGAUUUGACAAGCUGCUUACUCUUUGCGCACGGCCCGAAGUAAAUGGUUCUAAAAUCACCACCCAGUUCUCACACCAGCUACCUAAUCGUCAUCGGCAUAUUGUUGACUUCAACGACGAAUCCUCUCCCCUCACUCCUCUUCUCAAGUCUGCCACUGGCCUUACAGAUCUACUCACUUGCCGUGUCAAACACUGUAGGGGUGCGCUUGCUGUGUCCCUUGUCUUCUCAAAUGGAUUCAAGGUUUCCUACUCUGGCGAUUGCAGGCCAUCAGAUAAAUUUGCCGCCAUUGGACAGGGCUCAACAGUGCUCAUCCACGAGGCCACCUUCCAACACGACAUGGUUGGAUCUGCUAGGGCUAAGCGGCACUCGACCUCCGCCGAGGCAAUCGAAGUCGGCCGUCGCAUGCAAGCGCGUGCUGUCCUGCUCACUCAUUUCAGCCAGCGCUACCAGAAGAUCGCUUUCGUGGAGAAGCGAAACCCAGGGAAAUCCCAUUCUAGCCGGGACGCAGCGGCAAAGGAGCCCGCAGAUGCCGAUAUUCCAUUCGACGACCCUCAAGAUCAAUUAGUGGACUCCAACAAUGCCCCACUGUCCGACGACAUCAACAUGUCGCCAUCUAGCCUAAGGCCCGGACUUUAUACCGGCCCCGUCGCCGGGGCGAUGGACUACAUGCGUAUCAAGGUCGGAGACUUUGCCCUUGCGCAGGCAUAUGCGCCAGCAUUGGAGAAGCUCACUGAGCUUCUGGAGCGGGCAGCGAACGAGGAAGCCGAGCGCACGAAGCAGACCCGACAGGACGAGGAUAAUGCCCGCAAGGCAAAGAAUAAUAAGAAGUGGGCUAAGCAAAUGGCUACAGCUACCGCUGCGGCAGUUGCAGCAGCAGCAACCGAGGCUGGCGAUGUCCAGACUCCUACUCGGUCUGUCUGGAGUGCCAGUGAAAGCGAGGAGGGGUGGGAAACGAGCGACUACGAGGAAUGUUGUUCCUAA